GAAGAGGGCCGCUUCCGGCCGCUGCGCCCGUUGCCAAAAUGGUCGACGCAGCUUCACGGGGCGGUGCAAGAAAAGGCGGCUAAGGAUUCGCAGACGGGAUGUUGCGGACAGCGCUGAGCCGCAUGCCGACACUACUUCGUAGUGUGCGGACCCGGGAUUCCGGACCGCGGCGGCUUUGGGAUUUGGGGACUCGCCUAAAGACCGCGGAGAGACUUCGGGGCUGGGCCUGGGGCUGGCGGAGCUCGAGCUCCGCGCCGGGAUCAUCAGGGCGUGCGGCGGCGCUGGGGCGCGUGGAAGCGGACCACUAUCAACUCGUCUACACCUGCAAGGUCUGUGGGACUCGGUCAUCCAAGCGCAUCUCAAAGUUGGCCUAUCACCAGGGCGUGGUCAUCGUGACUUGCCCUGGUUGCCAGAACCACCACAUCAUCGCAGACAACCUAAGCUGGUUCUCUGACCUGAAGGGGAAGAGGAACAUUGAAGAGAUCCUAGCAGCCAGAGGAGAGGAGGUGCGCCGAGUGUCUGGUGACGGUGCCCUGGAACUGAUUCUGGAGGCUGCUGAACCACCUGACACCCCAGAAGGGGGUGAGGAUCCCCCCAACCCUGGCAAGAUGGAACAGAGCUGACCUGUACAUUCCUAUAGCUGUGGACUCCAGUCUUCCCAAAAGUCACUCCCUUCACUUGGAGCCUCACAAGCCUGCUGUUCCUUGUCAGUAAAAAGCCAUCACCUCCAGGGAC